AUGGAUGAUGUGAAGUUGCAUCUUUAUCAGAAGGGAUUCAUGGCCCAUUACUAUUACUGGACAUGCCAUGGGAAAGAUGAGCCUCCCAUGGAAUCCCAGGUCCGAACGAAUGCUAGUGCAUAUAAUGAAGCACAAGGGGUUUACGAGGAUAAUCCAAAUCCAUAUGAUGCAAUGGUGAUAGAUGGUGCAGGUCCUUCUGUUAGAGCACAUACGUUGGAAAACGAAGAAGAAGAGCCCAAUGUAGAUGCGCAAGACUUCUAUGAAAUGUUGGAUAAUGCAAGAACACCUAUAUAUGAUGGUUGCACUACUCACACUGAACUUUCUACAGCGAUGAGGAUGCUUAGUAUUAAGGUUGAUUUCAACUUACCUGAGCAAUGCUAUAAUGCUUGGGUGCAACUAAUAAAUGAGUUGAUGCUCGAAGCCAACCGGAUGCCCAAGGACUUUUACAGGACAAAGAAGAUGGUUUCUAAGCUGGGCCUUGGGUUCCAAAAGAUUGAUUGUUAUGUUAAUAUGUGUAUGCUUUAUUUUAAAGAUGAUACAAAUGCAACCGAGUGCAAGUUUUGUCAUGCCCCACGAUAUACAAGCCGCAAGGUAGGUCCUGGGAGGCGAAAGGAUGUUCCAAUUAAACGGAUGUGGUAUUUACCUAUAACACCUAGGCUCCAAAGGCUUUACGCGUCGAAGACAACAGCUGGGGAGAUGAGAUGGCACUAUGAAAACCCACGGGAGCCAGGUGUGUUAUCCCACCUAUCUGAUGAAGAAGCAUGGAAGCACUUCGAUAAUGUGCAUCCUGAUUUUGCUUGUGAACCACGCAAUGUCAGGCUUGGGCUAUGUGCUGAUGGCUUCACACCGUAUAGUCAAUAUGGGAAAACCUAUUCAUGUUGGCCUGUGAUUGUCACUCCUUAUAAUCUUCCUCCAUGGAUGUGCAUGCGACAAGAGUAUUUGUUUCUUACAAUAAUCAUCCCUGGUCCUCACAAUCCGAAAUCCAAAAUAGAUGUGUUCCUACAACCUCUCAUAGAUGAGUUGAAAAUGUUAUGGGAUAUUGGCGUGCCAACAUAUGAUAUUUCACUAAAACAAAACUUUCAAAUGAGGGUUGCACUGAUGUGGACUAUUAAUGACUUCCCAGUCUAUGGUAUGCUAUCAGGUUGGAUGACUGCGGGAAGUUAG